GAAGGCCCGGUGUCGGGAGAGGAGAGGCUAGCCGGGACGCCGGCGGGCAUGGGUUGGAUUUGGAGCCUCUCCUUCAACCCGAAGGCAACCAGCAUCAUGCAGUUACUAACUGAUUGGCAUUUACCUAUUGAUGCCUCCCAAAAAAAGACCUCAACAAAGGUCCCUGAAAGCCAAGCUGCUAUUCCAUCAACAACCACUGGAGGGCCCCAAGCACCCCUGUGUAUUGCCACAACAUCCCAUCACCCACACUCUACAAGUGCCCAGCAAGACCAUUGACCACAGCACCAUCACUUCCUGGGUAACACCUCAGUUUGACACCACAGCAGAAAACAGACUCCUGGCCCCUCAGAAACAUCAUCACCGAGACCGUCCAAAACAUUCAAGUCGAAAAUCUACCCGCAAGUUUCCACAUCUAGCCUUUGAAAGACCACAGUCUUCUAGUUCCAAUCAGUCAGAAAAGAACAUUUCCAGAAGAAGGCCUUUAGUUCCAGUGCUCAGUCCCCAGAGCUGUGGGGACCUGUCAGUACAUGCCCUUCAAAGCUUACCUUAUGUGUGCACACCACCUGAUAUUCAGACCCCAGAAUCAUCUGUGAAAGACAACACCAUACCCCCAGAUCAGCGAGAAAACAGCCUUCCACGCUGUAUCCUUCACACAGGAACAACCAAGAGCCCUGAGCCUGGGCCUGUUCUGGUUAAAGACACCCCUGAGGACAAGUAUGGGAUAAAGGUCACGUGGAGGAGGCGAAGGCACCUGUUUGCCCAUCUCAAGGAGAAAGGGAAACUGAGCAGAAGCCAGUUCCUUGCGAAAAGCUGACUGGUUGCUCAGACAUCAGCCUUAUCAGCAGUCUCAAAAAGAUCUCUUGCUGAUUUUUGUAGAGUUGCUAAAGUUACUUUUCUGGCUCAUAAGAUAGCAUAUUGAAAAAGUAAAACUGGAAUAACAUCAAAAGGAAAAAGGUUUAACUAGAGCCCUAGAAUUGUAAGGGAAUCUACUUCCCAGGUUUGCUUUUUAAAGUACUUUGUGUCAUAAACAAUUGAGGUUAAUGUCAUGAACUGUUUGCUUCCUAUUUUUCUUGCAUUAACUGUUUAAAAAUCUCCAAUAUCUUGUAGUGUUUAAGAUGUAUGUAAAUAAAUAGUUGCAGAAAGUUUUUAGAGAAACCUACUUCUGUCAGGAUGUAGUUUGUUCCUUUACUCAUCUUACCUUUUGAAAUAAUUUUUACUGUGGUUGGAUCCCUAGGUAGGGCCAAUUUGAUACAACAGUUGAUUUUUUUUUGUGGUACUGGGGCUUGAACUGAGGCCUACACCUUGAGCCACUCCACCAGCCUCUUUUUUGUGAUGUGUU